UGUGUUUUUUUUUUCCUCCAUUAGUUUUUCAGGUCAGUCCCUGCUGAAGGUAAACAAAUGGACUCAGCGGCGCUUUGCGGUAAAAUCAUGAACAAUGUGAUCGAUCCGCGCGGAUUAAAGCGAGGAAGAUGCCCGGACAGAAGAGAAGAUAUAAUGUACGGUUCCCUCCGAGUCGCAUCAAGAAGAUCAUGCAGAAGGAUGCAGAGGUGGGGAGGAUCGCGAUGGCGGUUCCUGUGAUCAUCUCUCGGGCUCUGGAGAUGUUCCUGAAGUGUCUGCUGACUAAAACCUGUCUGAUAACUCAGUCGAAGCUCAGCACAGUUGUGUCUGUUGCUCACAUGAAGCAGUGCAUCGAGUCUGAGAAGCUCUUCGACUUCCUCAGAGACCUGGUGGAGCGAGCAACGUCUACAGCAAGCCAGAAGGACAACAGAGGCGUCAGUAUGUGGCCGCUAUACAGGAAGAGACAGCUCGACAUUUCCGUAAAGAAACCGGCUGAGGUGGUAGAAAAGGCGCCACGAUCGAGCCUCGACUCCCUCGACAACGACUCCGUCUCCAGCGAGUCGGAGCUGUACAUCUGCUUCUGACAGCGAACCCUCAACCAGCGGCUGCAGCUGAUGCUGUGAAUCAAGAGCAGCGUCGUUAUUUCAGCACGUCACUUUUGUUUACACGUUUAUCUUUAUUUAAUCUGUGCAAGUUGUUUAGGGAGAAAAAAAACAUUUGAGUUGUGUCAUAUUUUAGACCUUUGCCUGUUUAUAUACAGCAUUUUCUUUUGUUGUUAAGCUUUUUGUUUUGUAGUCGUGAACUGAAAAUAAAUGUGAUGUUAAGCUCUGGAUAAAUAAUGUCACAAAUCUGAAAUCUAACAGCACAAACCUUUAAAACCAACAUAAGUGCUUUUGUAUUUGCUAGAGAGUGGCCUGUGUUGCUGUUUUGAGCAUUUAAAUUUUAAAGCACUUGUAAAUUAAUGUUUUAAAGAUAGUAAGCUAUAUGAAAUGUGAUCAAAACUGUAUAUAAAAGUUUGUUUCAACUUUCUGUGAUUGACCGAUUUAAUGUGGAGGAAGUCGAACUAUGUGCUCACAUAAAUAAAAACAAAUCAACAGCGUACAGGGAUUUGGUUUUAUUCCAACCAACUCAUCUUUUUACAUCGUGAAAGGAUGAAAUGAUGAAUAAAUAGAUGCACUUUUUUUUUGUUCUGAAAACUUUUUUUUUUUGUACUGGAAAUACACAUUAUGAAGCCAAAUAUAGCAAAACAUCUCUGAAGUUGCUACGCUAGCUACCUGCUUAAAGGAGUCGAAACUGUUUCCGUGUUCCAACAUCGACAGACAUUUUUGCGUUCCUGCUUGAAGGUCCGAGCUGAGUGUGAAAUCAGGUCUCAGUGAAACAACUGAAGGUUCAGUACGGUUUAGCUCUAAGUGACAGAAUUCAAGAGUAAAGUUCAGAUCCAGUAGUCAUUCGUCUCUCCGACAGUUUGAAAUGAAACAUGCAUCGUGGCUGAAAGCGUCUUCACUACAGUUACAGUUCAACAGAGUAAAAUAAGUAAAAAAAAAAA